CGAUUAAUAACUAUCUAAAUUGAGUGAAGACAAAAUAAACGAUCACGGUUGAUUAGGUGAACCCAAUAAGGCCAUCACAUUAAAUGAUUGCCUUCAAGCCCUAGAUCUUCAGAAUCUCCCUCUCAAUAUGUGUAUCCCCCACUCCUCAUUUAUAACACUCUCCCUAGGAAGGACAAAAAGAAGUUUCUUCCUUCACUUAUCAAAAACCUUCAAGUGAUUCAACAUCCUUUGCUCUCUCUCUUCUCUUUCUUUUUUUCCCUUUCUUUUUUCACCCCCAGCACCUAAAACAGUGAUAUGUACGACCUAACAGCUAGCUAGCUGCAUGAACUGAAGAAACUGAGAAGUUACCCCAGAGUGCCAUAACUCAAACUGAUACAGAGAAAGGCUGAACAAGAAGGGUUAGUUUCAGAGUCAUCAUCAAAGAAAAAAGAUGGAAAGAAGAGUUUCUGAUUAACUUUCAGUAACAUGGAAUGGAUUAUUGGACUUUGGACUCUAAUGGGUUUUCUUUUAUGUUGGUGGUUUCUGUGUGUGAGAAAGGAGAAUCAGAAUAGUAAGGUGAAGAAGAAGAAGGGUAAAGUUCCAAAAGGAAACACUGGUUGGCCUCUACUUGGAGAGACCCUUGAGUUCAUUGCUUGUGGCUACACCUCCAACCCUGUCAGCUUCAUGGAAAAGCGCAAGUCUCUGUAUGGUAGUGUAUUUAAGACGAGCAUUUUGGGAACUGGUGUGAUUGUGUCGACAGACCCGGAAGUGAACAAGGUGAUUCUGCAGAACCAGGGGAACAUAUUCGUCCCUGCUUAUCCAAAAUCAGUGAGAGAACUAAUGGGAGAACACUCCAUACUCCAAAUGAACGGGAACAUGCAUAGGAAAAUCCAUUCACUCCUUGGAGGCUUCCUACGAUCCCCACAAUUCAAAGCUCGAAUCACUAGAGAUAUUGAACACUCUGUUAAACAAUGCUUUGCUACUUGGACCCACCAACCAAUAAUAUACCUUCAAGAUCAAGUCAAAAAGAUCACAUUUACUAUUUUGGUUAAAGUUCUUCUGAGCAUUGGUCCCGGUGAAGAUUUAGACUUCUUGAAGAGAGAAUUUGAAGAAUUCAUAAAAGGGUUGAUUUGCUUACCCCUCAAGAUUCCAGGAACAAGACUAUAUAAAUCCUUGAAGGCUAAGGAAAGAAUGAUGAAGAUAGUGCGGAGGGUAAUAGAGGAAAGGAUCAACAAUAUGCGUAACAAUAAUAAUAGUAAUAAUAAAGAUUCAGCAAAUGAUGUGGUGGAUGUGCUCUUAAGGGAUAUUGGUGACACCAAUUCUAUCUCUAACAUGUUGGAAAAUAUCUGCGAAAACAUAAUUGAGAUGAUGAUACCUGGGGAGGAGACUCUUCCCACGGCUAUGACCAUGUCUGUCAAGUUUCUCAGUAACUAUCCCGUUGCUCUAUCCAAAUUACUGGAGGAGAACAUGGAAUUGAAGAGGCGGAAGAAUAAUUCAGAUGAUUAUGCAUGGAAUGACUACCUUUCACUGCCAUUUACACAAAAUGUUAUCAGCGAAAGUCUUAGAAUGGCAAAUAUUGUCAAUGCCAUUUGGAGAAAAGCAGUCAAAGAUGUAGAUAUUAAAGGGUACCUAAUUCCUAAGGACUGGUGUGUUGUGGCAUCUCUUACUUCUGUUCACAUGGAUGGCAUGAAUUAUGAAAAUCCUUUUGAGUUUAAUCCAGGGAGAUGGGAGAAUAUUGGGACUGGGACUAAUAACAAUUGCUUUACACCAUUUGGUGGUGGACAGAGACUAUGCCCUGGCAUAGAACUCUCAAGGCUAGAGCUCUCUAUUUUCCUUCAUCAUCUUGUUACAACAUACAGAUGGGUUGCUGAGGAGGAUGAAAUUAUUUACUUUCCAACAGUGAAGAUGAAGAGGAAACUCCCAAUUAGUGUAACAACCAUUAAUUAACACCUGAUUGGAUUGAAGAAUCAAGAAAUUCUUGUACAGUAGUAGUAGUAUAGAUAGAUGUAGAUAUUUGUUUCAAUCUAGAUGGUAAAAAAUUUAGGGGAAAAAAGGGGUUGUGUAUUCUUUCUUUUGUUAGCUCUAAUGUCACAUCUAUUUUCAGAGGAGAAAGGUGCCUUUGGGCCCUCCUAUUAUACUGAGAAAUUGAAUUGAAUGCAAUUAUUGAAGCUAACUCUCA